AUGGCUGAAAAGCUACUCCUCUCGACCAAGGAUUCACCACAAACUGAGCAGGAGAAGUUGGAAAUGCAGAACGUACCCUAUCGAGAGGCCCUUGGAAAGCUCAUUUACAUCGCAACUGCCACUCGACCAGACAUCUCAUACUCUGUGGGGGUGCUCUGUCGGUUCAGCGAGAAUCCUGGACGAGCACACUGGCUAGCUCUCAAACGGGUACUGCGAUAUCUCCGCAAAACAACAAACUACAAGCUCACCUACGGCCUCGAACCCGACUCCGAACUGUUCACGACGCAUAGUGAUGCCGAUCUGGGUGGAAACGCCGAUAAUACCCGCUCGACAGCCGGUUUUGUCAUGUCAAUUGGUGGUGGCGCUGUAAUGUGGAGUAGCCGACUCCAGCGCCACACAUCACUAUCAUCAACAGAGUCGGAGUAUACAACAACCUCCGCCACCGGGUGCGAAAUAAUCUGGAUGCGGUCAUUCCUCGAUGAAAUUGGCUACCACAUUGCGUCCUAUCCAUCCACCCUAUUUGUUGACAACGCCUCUGCCAUCCAAGUUGCCAAGAACCCAGAAAAUCAGUCCACCAUGAAGCAUGUUCACCGUAGCUUCAACUGGAUUCGCGAGAGAGUUGCCAAUAAUGAAAUCCGGGUCGCUCAUGUCCCUGGAGCCGUCAAUGUUGCCGACGUCUUCACCAAACCACUAGGCCGCAUCAAGUUCGAGCAGUUUGUCAAAAACCCUCGGUCUGAUUCCUCAUCCACAUGCCCGUACUCAGUCCAUGCGCUAAGUCACAGGACUUAG